AGUAACGCGUUUGCUUUUUGUUGAUUUCUUAAAAUAAAUUGUUAACGAUUAUUUUAAGAUUGGUUGAAUUUGUAAAGUAUUUACCAUUAUUAAUAGUUACUAGUUAUAUAUAAUAUUCGCAUAAAAUUGAAUGUUCAGGCUGGAGAAAUUGCACAGUUUUCGUCUUUAACAAUCUUGUUUGUCGGUUAAAGAUUACGUGUUUAUGUACGUAAAAUUAUAGAUUUUAAAAAAUACGAAAUUACCUUUUGGGAAUUGAAAACACAGGUGUAUGGAAUGUGAAGUACACAAGGAAUAUGGACGGGGUUGCGUCAAAUCGGGGCAAGAAAGUAGGAUUUCGACAGAAUAUACGCGGGAAGCUAAGCGUGUUCGAGCCACUGAUCUGCAUUUGGAUUUUACCUGCACGAUUCCUGAUGCAAACCACCGUCGCCCUCAGUAUAGUGCGCGCAAACCUGAACAAAAUGUUGACCAACAUGAAACUUCUGUGCUGCCCUUGAUGAGCAACAUGGAUGAAAUAUCCUAUUGGAUUUAUACUAAGCGGGCUCCGUGCCUCAUGAACUAUGACAACUUAAUAAAAAAGCAACAUGUUGAGGCUCAGUGUUCAAAAGCUGCAUCAAAAAGUGUUAGCAGUGCAAUUCAAGAGGUGCCUUCACCAAAGAUCACGAAGAAAAGAAAAUUGUCUAUAUUAGAUGACGAUUCUGCCUCAGUGGAAAAACAACAGAAUUUGUACUUUGAUGUGUCUCAGAAACACAAUAAAAAUACUGUGAUAAUUAGCAAAUCAGACUCUGUUGGUUCAGAUGUUGAUUUUAAUAUUAAAAAUUCACCAUGUAAUAAAAAACAGAAAAGGUCUAAACUACAAGGUAGUCAACCUACUCCACACAAGAAGCAAAAUAACAUUAUAACAUCUACACCGAAAAUAACGUCUCUGAGACGAAGCCUGAGAAAUACAAAACAAACUUUCAAUAGUAGCCAUUUAAAUAGUUCCUUUUUAAAUAACACUAGUGUAGUUAAUGGUAGGCAUUUAAAGAAUAAUUUAGGAGAACAUAAUACUCACAAUUACAAUAACACUACUGAUGGAACAAGUCCAAUUGUAGACCGAAGAAAUAUGACAACUAAGAAUGUUUCUAAAAAGGAUGGGUUGAACGGACAGUUUGAAGACUUCAGUGAUGUAUCGGGCCUCACGGCUAACUAUAUCAGGUCAACCAAGCAACAGUCGAGGAAAACUCCUCGUAAAUUAAGAGUGAAAAAUUGUAGGAGCUUAGUGAAACAAUCAAAUCAAAGAGAUGAUGAUAGUGUGAAUGUUGACAAGCCAAUGAUAGGACCACCAAACCACCUGCCACUGAAUUGUAGUACAGAAUCUUCAAAUAUUAUGAAUGCAGUAAACGUAAAAAAUGAUAAAACUAAAACGAGCAAAAACAAUAUUAAUAUAAAGGUAAUGGAUGCUUCUAAAUCUGUAAACAAGAGCCAAAAGAAAGUAGAUUUGAAUAUUUCUUUCCAAAGUACAUCAAGAUAUCCAAAAAGAAACAGGAAUUCUGACAAUUCAAGAGAAGUAAUAUACAACACUCGUAGCUCUAAAGCUACGGGACAAGAACAUUCAGCAUUAGUCAAUAGCAACUCUACAGAGAAAAUUAGUUCUUUGACCAGUAUGAAUGCAGCUAGUCAAGAAAAGCAAACCCCUAAAAAGAAGAGAACACCUAAAAAGACAGCACCGAACCGGACAGUGGCUACUCGUAAAAGUGAACGAGUUAAAAAAGACUCCUUAAGAGACAAGAGUGGCUUCAAAGCAUGUUUUUCUGACAGUGAUAAUGAUAGUGAACCUUUGCAGAAGAAGUUCUUUUGUUCAUAAGCUAAGUUAGAGGACUCUGUGAUCAAAGACUACACAUGACUUGGUGUACUUCAGACUAGGUGUACAUACAGCACAUAGCUUACAUCUAGCAACUACAUAAUAAUAUAAUCCAGUAUCAAAAUGCUUUAACGUAAGAAAUCUGUAUCUUAAAAUGUAGUCAAUUUAAAGGAAAGCUUUUAUUCAAAUAGAACGGUUAUAAUAUCUUUUGAAUCGUUUGAUAUUCAUUUUCACAUUAGUACAUACUUGCAAAAUUAUUUAUUUACCACUUUCAUGGUAUGUUUCUAUAGUGAACCUUUCUUGGUAGUAGUAACUUAUUUUAAUAAUAAAAAACACUUAUUUAGCUUUGUACUGUUGUUUAUGUUCAGUGGCAAUAUAAAAGAAAACAAAAUUUUGUCUGUGUAAUUUAAUUCUAUCUAAUGUUGUUCUUUCCAUAAAUUUCAAUAUAUACCAUAUUUUAUACAGUAAACGUAAGACACCAAUCUGUAUAAACGUUAGCACAUAAAAAAUAAUUAUGAAUCAUAGCAAUAAAAAAAAGCCUUUUAGAAAAUCUUUUACAAUUUUUUACAUGACACUUCCCUUAUAAGAAACAAGACAACUUGACAUUUUAUUGUUAAACAAGAAUAUUCCUAUAGACAUAGUUGCUAAUUUAAGGUGUUUUCAAAUAAAAAUACAAUACAUGUAAUUUUUACACAUUUGUUUAGUAUUUUUAAUAUAGAUUUUAAAGAUAAGUACUCAAUUUAUGUUACACCUUGUCCUUUGUAAAAUAUGAAUUGUUAUUUAGAUGAGUAUGAUGAAGCUUUUGCUUGUACUUUACAAAAGAUUAGUCUAGAUAAAAUAUAAGCUCAAAAAGCCUCAAAAGAUAUUCUUAACUAAAUUGUUGGUAACCAUUUUUGUCUGAUUAAAUAUUAGUGUAGUCUUGUAAACAUUCUCAUUGAUAAAUAAUUCUUGUGCCAUUGGAAAAUGUGAUUAUUGAUAUUGUAUAAUCAAUGUUGAACAGCAUUGUUAGGCCUUUCAUAUUUUAAAUAUCAUUAGGCUUAGCUUAUGUUGACAUUCAUUAAAAAAUAAGCUACCUGUUACUGACGUUGCUUAUUGUAAACUAUACACAAGUGUGAAUGUGGGGACUCUGUUUUUUUUAAAUUUCUAUGAAGAUUUCAUGUAAUAUAGAAAAUCGAACGUUUUUUUUUAAUUAUUGCUGAGCUAUAUACUUGUUCCGGUAGAGCGAAUACAGCCGGCGGGCGUGUGACGUAUGCCUCGAGGUCGUUAACCUCACCUCUUUACUUGUGUUACAUUGCGUGCUUUUGUAGAAGAAAGAAUUUAGUAAAUGAAAUUUUCUAUCACAACUUGUCUAAUGUUAUCAUCGCAUGAGAAGCCGGCAGUUCGUUCUUCUCUUCAGGGACGUUUUCAUUAAGUACACCCAGUUGGUAUUUAAAUUGUUUGAAAAUUGAUUUACUUAAUUCAAAUCGAAAGACAAAAGCUAUUACAAAUUAGUUUCUCUUGUACAGAUUUUUUUUUCAAGGCCCCUAUCCUUAUUAGCACGAUUUUCUGAGAUGGUGGACCAAUCUUCAACUAACGAUUAAAAGUUUGAUGAAUAAAGAUUUCGAUAAAAUAAUAAAAAUAGAAAGGUUUAUAUUGUAAAAACGUGAGUGCAAUAAUUCUAAUUGUUUAACCGCAUGUUCCAGUCUACCCCGAAAUCUAAUCGCAUAGAAGUUUGGCCUUGUUUGUAUAUUGUGUAUAUUUUAGCAUAUACAAGCGUGUAUCUAAUAAA